AUGGCCUGGACGGCAGCUUCCAUAUUAAGAAUCCGCUGUCGACUACGACCAUCUUUUGCAGGCAUAAGGUUUGCUUCGAGCUACCUGCGCUUGGCAGAUCGGGCUCAUCGGCAGUUAUACAACUCUUUACAGACCGAGAUGAAGAGGUAUAGGAAUGGGAAGGCUCUUAAGGUCAAGCCUAGUUUACCACAAUUCUUUGUGUGGCUUCAGAAGUACGGUAAUAACGAGACAGUGACUUUGGGAGAGGCACAUAUUCCUGCUCCAUUUUCCAAGGAAUCAGUGCUAGAGGUGGGCCUAUUCCACCUUCUUAUUGGCCUUAAGGGCCUGCCAGAUUUAGACUGGCAAUGGGAAACCCAGAUCGAGCAUCUUGAUCUUAUUCAAAAGCGAAUGGGUUCGAAUAAAAAGUUUGCAAGUGUCCUGGACUCGUCUCUAGCUGAUGCUAAGCAUAUCUUGUUGCAAGAGUCAAACAUUCUGCAUGUCUCAGGAUCCCAAUUAGCAGUCAUCGAGAAAUCACUAGCUAUAGUUUGUGCUGCUUGUCCCCAAGUCUAUAAAGACACAUCCCUCACGCUCAUUACAUGGCUACGAAGCCUUUUUGCAUCUUCUGUUACUGACGCUGAGCGUCACCUUCGUGAAGCAACCUAUAUUCCACCUUGUAUUUAUUCAGACAUUCUUCUACGAACCUCAAUGUCUCGGAAAGAGCUCCAUGAUCAACUAAGUCUUUGGCAUGACUCAAUCGCAUUAAUUGGACGCCACUACAACAAGAAGUCAUCCCACAUAACAACUAUCAUGACUAACCUCAGUUAUUACUGCGUGCAUUACGACCAUUCAUGUCUUUACGACUUCACCAAGCAUAAUCUCAAGUACUUCACAUCGAAGAACUCUGGUUUUAAUUUCAAGCUAUUUGACCCAGCACAAAUCAAUAAGCUACUUUGGACCUUGUCUGUGAUCCUCAUACACACCCAGCAGCCAUCUAACCAAACAGCAAUGGCAGUAAUAAGGUCUCAAGAACUUCUAGUGAAGUACCUUACACAUGGAAAACUCUCACAAGUUGGGUUUAUGGCGGUGAUAAUAGCUCUUCGCUACGUCUCUGAUGAAAAAGCACAGAAACUAUUUAAGUAUGCUAAAUCUCAGUUUCCCGAUGUAUCUGUUGAGGCAUAUAUGGCGGAGGUUUAUCUUUCCAACUCACCAGAACAACUAUUGCAUAGCUUUAAUGUUGCCAUGUCGGACUAUGAGUCUUCUGCCACAUUGUGGCUUGCAUUCGUGACUAAGCUCACUGAACUCGGUCUUUUAUCAGAGCAAAGGUCGCUUAAAGUGUUGGAUCAGCUUCUCCCUAGAUCCAAGGACCUUAUCAUUUCUAAGCAGAUAAUCCUCACACUCCUUCACCCAAUAAGAACGAUCCAAGCAAUGGAAGAGUUCAUUUCAAAGCUUGAAAGCGCUAACAUGUUCCAGCCAUUCAAAGGCAUUGUUCACAAUCGGUACCUUCAGAUAUUGUAUCAAAACAGUGAUACUAUACCAGCGUCAAGACCGUACCUUGAGACAGUUUGCAAUUCGCAAUCAGCUGUGGAAUGUGCUCGGCAGUUAUACUCUUGCAUUGACAGAAAAACAGUUAAUAAUAUUGGAGUGAUGCUUGCAGGUGAAAGCACUCAACGUGCUGAGGACCUAUACAACUUGUACCAGCAAGAAUUAGGUACAACACCGCCUGACGAGAACUGCCUCGUUGCACUUCUCAGAGCAGCGUCAUGGAAUUCUACUGAAGAGCAUCGGCUUCGUUGGAAUAACCUCCAUGCGACCCAAGUGGCCGUUUACGAGUUUAAAUUGAAUGUAAGUGAAGCUUUCAAUGAUUCCAAAAUCAUGCCUUCCAACAAGACCUGGCAGCUCUAUAUCACUCUUCUCAAAGACUGUGACUACACAUCCGAGCUCUCAGAGAUCCUUCGUUGGUGGGAACAGUUGCAUUUCGUGCCUUCCAGAGACACUUUAUUGACGUUACUUCAAGCAUUACCGCUUCCGUUUGCCCAGCGUCACAUCAAGCACUGGAAGAGUGUGCCUGACUCAGCAUCUAGUCUUCAAGACUGGCCCUGGCCAAACGAAGAAGAAUUACAGAAUUAG